AUGUACUUUUUAAUAGGAAUUUUUUUUCUUCUUUUAAUUAAAAUCAAAUCAGAUUGCUAAUUUUAAUUGAACACUUAUGAUCUAAGUCUAGGUUUAGCUUAAUGUUAAAAUUGUUAAAUAGUUUCAGAUAUCAAGUAUUGCCCAAUUCCUUGCCUAAAUCCACCUCCAGUAAAUGGUUUGAUUUAUAAUUACAAUACUUUCUGUUAUUAAUAUUGUGGAAAUGGAAUAGUUGCACGAAUUUAGGGUUUAAACAAUUGUAAUGAUAAUUUAAAUACCUGUAUUGAAGGAUAUUAAUGGAGCAUUACAGAUUAAAAAUGCAUUUAAAAUUUAGCUUGUGUUGAGAAAAUUUUUGAUUAAAACCUUUUAAUUUAUCAGUGCUAAAAUUGUUCUUUAGCUUCAAAUGUUUAAGACUGUUAAAUGAUUUCUUGCUCAAGUUCUUAAUACCAUUCAAUAAAAAAUAGAAGAUGCUAUGAGUAUUGUACAGAUGGAAAAAUUGCAGAACGUUAUGCUGAUUGCAAUUCAUAAAAUGUAUUAUGUGUCGAUGGAUAUCAAUUAAAUUCAUAGAAUAAAUGUGAGAAAAGUAUUUGCCCUGCUAAAAUUUCUACUUCUGAUACUUUUUCAGCAUUUUUAUCACAAUGUCCAAAUUGUAGAAUUACAAUUUAGAAGAUGGAUUGCUUUUAUCAACCUUACUGUGUAUCUAAUUCAGAACUACUAUAUUAUAAUUAUCAUUAUUAAUUAUGUAUGGCAUAUUGUGGGAAUGGAAUUAUUGCAUUUGAUAAAUUGAGUUGUCCUUUUUCAAACUUAUGUAUAAUUGGAGCAUAAUGGAGCGAUUCAGAAUAAAAAUGCAAAACAGAUUUUAAUAUAUGUUAGAUCCCUGAUAAUUAUGUGCAGUUAAGCCCAAAUUGUAGUUUUGUAACAAAUACUAAUUAUUGCUAAAAUAGUUGCAAAAGCUAAUAAUAAUAAAGAAAUGAUUUAUUUUUUAUUUAAGAAAAUUAUUUGAUUUGA